AUGCGACAGGAGCGGCUCUCGUCGCUGCGUCCGCUCGGCGAGUUCUUCGACCACCAACGCAUCUCGCGACCCCAAGAUACCAACGAAGCCUUCCAACGAAUCACCUACAACACGCGCCACUUUUCCGGCAACUACGCUGUCAUCGUCGCACUCCUCACCAUCUACGGCAUGAUCAACGACACGCUGCUCCUCUUCGCCAUCAUCUUUCUCGUCUUUGGCUUCUGGGCCAUCAACCGAUUCGCACCGGAACCCAUGCAGGUGGGCGAACACGUCAUCACCCAAAAGAGCCUGUACACGGGUCUGUUCGUCAUCGGCAUCCCGUUGCUGUGGUUCGCGAGUCCGUUCGGGUUCAUGUUCUGGUUGGUCGGAAGCUCGGCGUUUUUGAUCUUGGGUCAUGCGGCGUUUAUCGAGCCUCCGGUCAGCAGCGAGUACACUGGUGUCGAGGUGAGUACUUGGGAUGGAGCGCUGAUGCUGCCGAGAGAGUGA